ACUGAAGUGGUAUUAUAGCUACAAGGCUUUCAUAUGCUGCCUGUUCACAUAUAGUUGGGAUAAUUAUCAUUUUGGAAACAACAGUGGUAACAGAAAUGUUCCUAUUCUCAUAAACACAUCUUAAAAUCAUAUCUUUAAACAGCUAAACACAUUCCUGCCCUGUGGUUCUGAGGGCUCACCUCCACUCGUCCAGGUCCGGUCCACAGUGAACGGCCCAAGCAGCCUGUUGUUCUCAUAAUGAGUCAAAUGUUUUAUUGGACACAUGCAGGUCUUUAGUUAAUCAUGGACUCAUCUAGUUUAAUCUGAGCAUAUGGUUGUUUUCCAACACUGAAACACGCUAUUUGUUAUUUCUGACAGUAAACCUUUUAAAUUUCAAGUCUAACAUGGCAUGAAGGAGUCAGCUGACCCAGCGGUAACAUGAGAAAAUGAUGAUUUGUAAACAAACGAUUAGAUAUAAAUGUGCUAAGUUCAUGUCAGUAUGUUACAUCUGAUCUGAGAAAAUAAACACGAGGAGCUCCUGUAAAUUUGCUCUAGAAACACUGAACUAAAAUAUGUAUCAACAAACAGGCACAGAGCACACACACACACACACACACACACUGAUAAUGGUCAUUAUCAACACUGCGUGAUAAUGGUAAAUAAAAGGAAUUACUCUGAUGCAGAGCACAGGAGAAAAGGCGAAGACGGUCGUCAGGGUGAAGCCGAUAUCUCGUCUAUUUAAUGGGACAAUCAGAAACAGAGGCUUUGCCUCAGUGUCUGUGAGAUCAUGGGUUUGAUCGACUCGCUGUGGGAACGGCACCAGUUUCUGAUGCACCAGUGUAUCUUACUUCCAUUUGCUUUGUUGUUCUGUUUCCUCUCCAAGCGGGGGUAUCUGUCUCUGACCUGCAGGUAUGUGUUUGUUUCCGUCGGAGGAUGUGUGCUGGCCGUCGUCACAAUGGGCGCAUUCAGUUUGCUUCCGUUGGUCUCUGCGAGCGCCUUCGUUCUGCUCCUGUGCUCUGUGGACUCCGGUUCCGUACACUCCUGGGCUCUGGGUCUCCAGAUGCUGUGGCAAACCUUCUGGCACCUGCUCAUACAGUACAGGGAAUAUUACCUGCAGGAGCCCGUCAGCACCAGACUGUUUGUGGCCGUUUCCUCUCUGAUGCUGCUCACCCAGAGAAUCACCUCACUGUCCAUGGACGUCCAGGAGCAAAAGGUUCCGCUCCCCUCAAACGCUGCAUCCACACAGAGCCUGUGUGCACAGCUUCUCCCACUCAUCAGCUACGUCUUCAGUUUCACCUCACUGCUGGGUGGACCUCUGUGCCCCUACAGGCGGUUCGUGUCCCACAUGGAGGCACUAAACCUCCAUUCCCCACCCUGUCCACGGUCUGUGCUCUUCCUAAAGCUGGCACAGGUGUUCAUGCUGGAGCUGCUAAAGCACUGUCUCGUCCGUUUCAUGAAACAAAGCACGUGUGAUCCCUCUUCCUCUGUUGUCCUUUGUGGCGUCUUGUGGACUUGGGCUCUUGCAUUAGUCCUGAGGAUCCAGUACUACUCUCACUGGAGGAUCAGCGAAUGCCUCAGUCACGCAGCCGGGUUUGGCUUCGGGGCAAAUUCAUGUGCAGACUCCCCGGACUGGAGCAGCAUCUCCGAUGGAGAUUUCUGGACCACGGAGGCAUCGACUCGCGUGUCGGAGUUCGCCCGUCGCUGGAACGCCACGACAGCUUCUUGGCUGCGAAGACUCGUUUACAUAAGGUGCAAACGUUUCCCGUUGCUCAUGACGUUUGGUUUUUCGCUGUGGUGGCACGGUUUACACUUCGGUCACUUUGUGGGGUUUCUGACCUGGGCAGCGUGUGUGAAAGCAGAUUAUUUUAUACACAGACACUUGUACCCACAGCCUUCUGGCGCAGGCCUGAAGCUGCUGUACACUUGUUUAUGCUGGAUAAACACUCAGAUGAUUAUUACUUUUAUUGUUAUAGCCGUAGAAUUGAGAAACCUGUCCAGCCUGAAACUUCUGAUUGUGACAUACGUAGGUCUGUUUCCACUCUGUAACAUAAUUUACUUAUUUGUAUGUUCUUUUCAUGCAGCUGUUUGAAUGAUAUAUUUCUUCAACUCAAAUAGCUCAUGUUUAUAUAUAGUUAUGAUGUAGUUGGAGAAAAAUGGGCUCAUUUGUAACAAGGACCACUGCAUGUGACUAAGAAACCUCCCAC